AUGUUUUAAAAUGCUGGAAAAAUGAUGCAUUUUAUGUAAUAAAUGCCCCAAAUAAACAUCGCAUAAGUCCAUAAUUUUGCGACUGCUGCCGGUUGCUAAUUAGUUUCUUCCUGUGAUUAAGUUGUCGCUAGUAAAUCUGCUAAAUUCAGCACCCCAGGUAUCAAAAUAGGCCUUUUUUGUUCAACUCCAGGUGUUGCAUUGGCAAGAAGUAUGUCGCAUUAAAAAAAGGCUUUUGAGAUGUUGGUCACAGGAGAACCUAUUAAUGCUUAGGAAGCCUACGAAUGUGGAUUAGUAAAUAAAUUAGUUGAAAAAGAAGCUGAUUUGGACAAUUAAACACUUUAAUUAGCUGAAUAAAUAGCUGUACACAGUGGAGAAGUAUUAGCUUUAGGUAAGAAAGCGUUUUAUUAAUAAAAAAAUAUAGGAGAUUUGGAAAAAGCAUAUGAUUUUUGUUCUGGUAUUAUGUCAUAAAAUUUACAAAAAGAAGAUUGCGUUGAAGGUUUGACAGCUUUUAUGGAAAAAAGGCAUGCAAACUUUAAAAAAUGA